GAAAACACACUGUUGCGCACGUUGUUCGAGGGUAGGGGGCGACUCGCUCCCCGCCAGAUCUGGCGAGCCACUGUAGCCUACGCUACCACUGUAGCUGCUUUAGGGCUCACCGUUGCAUGAGAUAGCGUCGUACCGUGGCCGCUUAACAAAGGGGAGGGGGAGGUCGCGGCAGCCGUUGAAAGCGAGCAGCUCAACACCAUGUCGACUCCCGCGCUUGCGACUGCUGCCGAGGGAGCGACGCGCAUCAUCCUGGUGCACGGCACGGGCCACGGCGGGUGGUGCUGGUACCGGGUCGCCACGCUGCUCCGCGCCGCGGGACACCGCGUGGACGCGCCGGACCUCGCGGCGUCGGGCAUCGACUCGCGGCAGCUCCGCGACGUGCCCACCUUCGAGGACUACACGCGGCCGCUGCUCGACGCACUCCGGGCGCUCCCGCCGGGAGAGAGGGCGGUCCUGGUGGGCCACAGCUUCGGCGGCAUGAGCAUCGCGCUCGCCGCGGAGACGUUCCCGGAGAAGGUGGCGGCCGCCGUGUUUGUCACCGCGUUCCUGCCGGACUGCACCAACCCGCGCUCGCAGGUCAUCGAGAAGGUUACCGUGUCAGACUGGAUGGACACCGUCACGGAUGCAGAGCACGUUCCAGCCUCGGUGUUCCUGGGGCCUGAAUUUCUGCGCCACAAGCUCUACCAGCUGAGCCCACCGGAGGACUACACGCUGUCCCAGAGCCUGGCCCGGGUGAGCUCCUACUACGUGCCCGACCUGCAGAGCCAGACGCCGUUCAGCGAGGCCAGGUACGGCGCGGUGAGCAAGGUGUACGUGGUCUGCAAGCAGGAUCAGGCCAUGACCGAGGCGUACCAGCACACGAUGAUCGCCGCCUGCCCCGUGGCGGAGGUGAGGGAGAUCGCCGACGCCGACCACAUGGCCAUGUUCUCCGCGCCGGCUGAGCUCGCUGGCCACCUCGCCCACAUCGCCAACACGUACGCUUGAUACCAGUACCAAUGUUUUGUAAGAAACGUCUCCCCUGGCGAAAAUGGAAAAUACUCCGUUAAUACUGUACUUCACAGGCCGUUUUUAAAAUAUUGUUGCGAGCUGCCAAGAAUGGAAAUGUAAUAUUAAGUCUACUAUAUAAAAUGCUACUUUCUAUGGUUUCACAGUAGUCAUAUGACACCCUAAAAUUAUGUGUUGGGAGCUCUCUUA